AAAAAAGGCCUGGACUCCUAGUGGAAAAGACAAGCCAGGCAUGGGUUGGCUCUGGAUUCAGAAAACAGCUGCUGAUUAGAUUCUGUGUCUGCGGGCUGAAUUUAUUCCGUGUUUUUCAGCAGCAGGAAUUCAAGAGGGAUGCUUCUGUUUGGGUUUCUGAUGGUGAUUUAUAUUUAUUCAGAGGAAUAACAGAGGGUGGAUCUGUUCCCGGCGCGAGCAUGCUCACAACCAGCCGACUCUCCCAUUAUCCCACUGCCUAGUUUGGUGCUCCAAUGUACAUGGAUCUUCCGUGUGCAUACGUGUGUAUACAAACACGCAUGCAUGCCUGGAUGGACAUACGUAGGCACAGGCUGUUUUUUAAGGACAAUUCUUUCAAUAAGGUCUUUACCCCUUACUUGAAACAGGUGUUCAUGAAAAAAAUGCACAAUAUCCCGACUGGCCGGAAUAAUUCAUGAAGAAGGGGCUGGAUCCGUGGGUCAGAGAACACAGGACCCGUUUGCCAUCCCAAGGCCGAAGGCCUCCCUCCAUCACAGUUCUUGAAACUCUUAGAAGUCUCUGAUAGAUCUUGACCAUGAGACGGUGGCUGGCCUUUGACAGGAUUCGAGACACAAACCCAGCAGCCUGGAAGUAGUUCAUGGAGCAGCCUCAAGAGACCCUGGCCAGGCAAGCUCUCCCCUCCAGAGGGCAGAGUGGUGCGUAAGAGGAGGCCGCAGCAGCGUGGACAUGAAUGCUGGUUUCCAAAGAGAACAGCGUUUUAGUUUUGGUCACCGGAAGUGGUGCCUUCAGCACAGAAGAGUCUGACUUCUCCUCCGAGGCCGCCGAUCACCAAACACGGGACAAAGGAGAGAGGAAGCCAGGACGGAUCUGCCCCCAGCAUCCAGUGUGGCAUCUCUUGGGCUGGCACUAGGGAUGACUGGGCCAUGGACACAGACGUCUCCUACCUUCAGCCAUUCGCAUAGCACACGGGGGACUCGUGGGGGCCACUUGCCACUGCCCACCGGCACAACACAAUGGCCAUACUGACAUCCCCCGUGACGUUUUCACGACAGACAUUCAGGCAGGAAGCGCUGGUGUGCUUUCUGUCUGCCAAGUAGAGGGCCAUGCCUCACCCAGAGGAGUAGCUUGGGCCCCGAUGACCUGCUCUGAGUCCACUGGCAGCCAGUGACACUUGCAAAAAAAAAAAAAUCUCCCAAAGCCGUCUCAGGGUGGGCUUCUGCAGCUUUUGACCAAUGUGGCCAAAGCUGGACGCCUCCUCCGGACACUUGGAUUCUUCGUAAAUGCAGCCUGCCCCACCCUCCCUGAGUAGCAUCUGAGGUCUCUGCGAAGGUCAUGGAUCCUGAACAAAGCAUCAAGGGCACCAAGAAGGCUGAGGGAAGUCCCCGGAAGCGGCUGACCAAAGGAGAGGCCAUACAGACCAGUGUUUCCUCCAGCGUCCCCUACCCAGGCAGCAGCACAGCUGCCCCCCAAGAGAGUGCCCCCCAGGAGCUCCUAGCCCCACAGCCCUUCCCCGGCCCCUCGGCAGUUCUUAGGGAAGGCUCUCAGGAGAAAACGGGCCAGCAGCAGAAGCCCCCCAAGAGGCCGUCCAUCGAAGCCUCCGUCCACAUCUCCCAGCUUCCGCAGCACCCUCUGACACCAGCAUUCAUGUCACCGGGCAAGCCGGAGCACCUCCUGGAGGGGUCCACGUGGCAGCUCAUUGACCCCAUGAGACCUGGGCCCUCGAGCUCCUUCGUGACACCUGGGCUCCACCCGCAGAGCCAGCUCCUCCCUUCCCACGCUUCUAUCCUCCCCCCUGAGGACCUGCCUGGCAUCCCCAAGGUCUUUGUGCCCCGUCCCUCCCAGGUGUCCCUGAAGCCCACGGAAGAGGCACACAAGAAGGAGAGAAAGCCCCAGAAGCCUGGCAAGUACAUCUGCCAGUACUGCAGCCGGCCCUGCGCCAAGCCCAGCGUGCUCCAGAAGCACAUCCGCUCGCACACGGGCGAGAGACCCUACCCCUGCGGCCCCUGUGGCUUCUCCUUCAAGACCAAGAGCAACCUCUACAAGCACAGGAAGUCCCAUGCCCACCGCAUCAAAGCCGGCCUGGCCUCGGGCGUGGGCGGCGAGAUGUACCCGCCAGGGCUGGAGAUGGAGAGGAUCCCCGGGGAGGAAUUUGAGGAGCCCACCGAGGGAGAAAGCACAGACUCCGAAGAGGAAACUGGUGCCACGUCCGGGCCCCCCACAGAGCUCCCCGCCAGGCCUAAGCACCCCCUCCUCUCCAGCAGCUUGUACAGCUCCGGAAGCCACAGUUCCAGCCACGAACGCUCCUCCCUGUCCCAGUCCAGCGCAGCACCGUCGCUGGAGGACCCGACUCCCUUUGCAGAACCCUCAUCGGAGCAUCCCCUGAGCCAUAAGCCGGAAGACACCCACACCAUUAAGCAGAAGCUGGCCCUCCGCCUGAGUGAGAGGAAGAAGGUGAUUGAUGAGCAGGCGUUUCUGAGCCCAGGCAGCAAAGGCAGUACUGAGUCUGGGUACUUCUCCCGCUCCGAGAGCGCUGAGCAGCAGGUCAGCCCCCCAAACACCAAUGCCAAGUCCUAUGCGGAGAUCAUCUUCGGCAAGUGCGGACGGAUUGGUCAGAGGACCGCCAUGCUGACCGCCACCUCCACCCAGACCCUCCUGCCCCUGUCCACGGAAGACAAGCCCAGCCUGGUACCUUUGUCUGUGCCCCGGACACAGGUGAUCGAGCACAUCACGAAGCUCAUCACCAUCAACGAGGCUGUGGUGGACACCAGCGAGAUAGACAGCGUGAAGCCUAGGAGGAGCUCUCUGACCAGGCGCAGCAGCAUGGAGUCCCCCAAGUCCAGCCUCUACCGGGAGCCCCUGUCGUCCCACAGUGAGAAGACGAAGCCCGAACAAUCAUUGCUGAGCCUCCAGCACCCACCCAGUACCACCCCCCCUGUGCCCCUCCUGAGAAGCCAAUCUAUGCCUUCGGCCACCUGCACCCUCAGUACCCCCCACCACACCUUCCGAGGUAGCUACUCCUUCGACGACCAUAUCACCGACUCUGAUACCCUGAGCCGCAGCAGCCCAGUGUUUACCUCCCACCCCCGGAUGCUGAAGCGCCAGCCUGCCAUCGAGCUUCCUCUGGGAAGCGAGUACAGCUCUGAGGAGGCUGGACCAAGUAGCAAAGACGCAGCCUCCAAGCCCUCCGACGAACCGGAACCCAAGGAAAGUGAACUCACCAAAAAGACCAAGAAGGGCUUGAAAACAAAAGGGGUCAUCUAUGAAUGUACCAUAUGUGGUGCUCGGUACAAGAAAAGGGAUAAUUACGAAGCCCAUAAAAAGUACUACUGCUCAGAGCUUCAGAUCACCAAGCCCCUCUCUGCAGGUGCUCACGCAUCCUCCGAAGCCGAGAAGAGUCCAUCGGAACACGAGCCGUGGUCCCAGAUGAUGCAUUAUAAACUGGGGGCCACCUUGGAACUCACUCCACUGAGGAAGAGGAGGAAGGAGAAGAGUCUUGGGGAUGAGGAAGAGCCGCCUACCUUUGAGUCAACAAAAAGUCAGUUUGGCAGCCCCGGGCCGUCUGACGCCGCUCGGAACCUUCCCCUGGAGUCCACCAAGUCACCAGCAGAACCAAGUAAAUCCGCGCCCUCGUUGGAGGGACCCACGGGCUUCCAGCCUCGGACUCCCAAGCCAGGGUCCAGUUCAGAAUCAGGGAAGGAGAGGAGAACAACGUCCAAAGAAAUUUCUGUUAUCCAGCACACCAGCUCCUUUGAGAAAUCCGACCCUCUCGAGCAGCCCAGUGGCCCGGAAGGGGAAGACAAAUCUCUGGCCCAGUUCUCGUCCCCGCCACCUGCCCCGCACGGACGCCCGGCGCAUUCCCUGCAACCCAAGCUGGUCCGCCAGCCCAACAUUCAGGUUCCAGAGAUCCUGGUGACCGAGGAGCCGGACCGGCCUGACACAGAACCCGAGCCACCUCCCAAGGAACCCGAGAAGACAGAGGAGUUCCAAUGGCCCCAGCGCAGCCAGACACUGGCCCAGCUCCCAGCCGAGAAGCUGCCACCCAAGAAGAAGAGACUGCGCCUGGCUGAGAUGGCCCAGUCAUCCGGGGAGUCCAGCUUUGAGUCUUCUGCGCCUCUGUCUCGCAGCCCGAGCCAGGAAAGCAGUGUCUCUCUGAGUGGGUCCAGCCGCUCAGCCUCAUUCGACAGGGAUGACCAUGGGAAAGCUGAGGCCCCUGGGCCCUCAUCUGAUCCUCGCUCCAAACCCUUGGGCACCCAUAUGCUGACUGUCCCCAGCCACCACCCACACGCCCGAGAGAUGCGGAGGUCGGCUUCCGAGCAGAGCCCCAACAUUUCCCACUCUGCCCACAUGACUGAGAUACGCAGCAAAUCAUUUGACUACGGCAGCUUGUCCUCGACAGGCCCUUCUGCACCAGCCCCAGUGGCUCCACCGGCUCCGGCGGCCCCGCCAGAGAGAAGAAAAUGCUUUUUGGUGAGGCAGGCCUCUCUGAGCAGGCCUCCGGAAAUGGAGCCAGAGGCCACCCCUAAGGGAAGACAAGAGAGUGAGGACCCACAGUCCUCAUCCGGGAAACCUUCAACCAAAAGCUCGUUGCCCCAGAUUUCCUCAGCGGCCACCUCGCACAGUGGGCACGCGGGAGGCAAGAGCCAGGUGCAGGACAGGCCCCUGCUGGGGUCCACUCCACCCUUCACGGAAGCACUGCAGGUGCUGCACCACCCCGUGGCCCAGCUGCCUCUGCAGGAGAAACCAUAUCUGCCCCCACCUGUCUCGCUUUUUUCUUUCCAGCACCUCUUGCAGCAUGAGCCAGGACAGUCUUCAGACUUCUUCUCCAGCCAGGCCAUGUCCAGCCUCCUCUCCUCACCAUACUCCAUGCCUCCACUCCCUCCGUCCUUAUUCCAAGCCCCACCACUUCCCCUCCAGCCUACUGUUCUGCACCCAGGCCAACUCCAUCUCCCCCAGCUCUUGCCUCAUCCAGCUGACAUUCCCUUCCGGCAGCCCCCUUCCUUCCUCCCCAUGCCAUACCCGGCCUCCUCAGCACUCUCUUCUGGGCUUUUCCUGCCUCUGCAAUCCCAGUUUGCACUGCAGCUCCCUGAUGUGGAAAGCCACCUGCCCCAGAUCAAAACCAGCCCAGCUCCACUGGCGACAGCAACUCCUGGCCCCUCCUGCAGCACAGGGUACAGCAGUGACAUCCACUUGCCCCCUGCAGCUCCCCCAGCCAGUUCCUCAGCACCCACAUCAGCCCUGCCGCUGGCCCUGCCCGCCUGUCCAGACACCAUGGUGUCCCUGGUUGUGCCCGUCCGCAUUCAGACCAACACGCCGUCCUAUGGGAGUGCAAUGUACACCACCCUUUCUCAGAUCUUGGUCACCCAGUCUCAAGGCAGCUCAGCAAGUGCACCUCUUCCCAAGAGUGAGGAGCCCUCAUCCAAAGGGACAGCCGCGUGUGGGGCACAUGUGUAUGAGGCUGGGCCUGGACUGCCGGGCUUAAGUGAAGAGCAAAGCAGAGGUUUCCAGACUCCAUACCUGAGAGUGCCUGUGACAUUACCUGAAAGAAAAGGCACUUCCCUGUCAUCAGAAGGUGCCUUGAGCCUUGAGGGGAGUUCCUCGACAGUGGGGGGAAGCAAACGUGUCCUUUCACCAGCUGGCAGCCUUGAACUUACCAUGGAAACCCAGCAGCAAAAAAGAGUGAAGGAAGAGGAAGCUUCCAAAGCAGAUGAAAAACUUGAGCUGGUAAAACCAUGCAGUGUUGUGCUGACCAGCACUGAGGGUGGGAAGAGGACAGAGAAAUCCCAUCCAGGAAGCCAGGGCCAGGGCAGGAGGGAGCUAGAAACACUGGCCAGCCUGUCCUCAGAUCCAUCUGACCCCAAGGAAAUUCCUCCCCUCUCUCACUCCACAUUGUCCCAUGGGACAGCCCCAGGCUCAGAAGCUUUGAAGGAAUAUGCCCACCCAUCUGGGAGAGCUCAUCGAAGAGGGUUGCCCCCACUGAGCGUGAAGAAAGAAGAUUCCAAGGAUCAACCUGAUCCCCCUCCCCUGGCUCCUCCCAGCUCUCUGCCUCUGUCAGAAACGUCCCUCAGACCUGCCAAGUCACAAGAAGGUACGGACUCAAAGAAGGUACUGCAGUUCCCCAGCCUCCACACGACCACUAAUGUCAGUUGGUGCUAUUUAAACUACAUUAAGCCAAAUCACAUCCAGCAUGCAGAUAGGAGGUCCUCUGUUUACGCUGGUUGGUGCAUAAGUUUGUACAACCCCAACCUUCCGGGGGUUUCCACUAAAGCUGCUUUGUCCCUCCUGAGGUCUAAGCAGAAGGUGAGCAAAGAGACAUACACCAUGGCCACAGCUCCGCAUCCUGAGGCAGGAAGGCUUGUGCCAUCCAGCUCCCGCAAGCCCCGCAUGACAGAGGUGCACCUCCCGUCGCUGGCUUCCCCGGAAGGCCAGAAAGAGCUAGCUAGAGUGGAGAUGGAGGAGGAGAAGCGAGGGAAGCCGGAGGAGGACGCUCCCGCCCCCAAGAGAGGGGAGCCGGCAAGGAUCAAAAUCUUCGAAGGAGGGUACAAAUCAAACGAAGAGUAUGUAUAUGUGCGAGGCCGCGGCCGAGGGAAAUAUGUUUGUGAGGAGUGUGGAAUUCGCUGCAAGAAGCCCAGCAUGCUGAAGAAACACAUCCGCACCCACACUGACGUCCGACCCUAUGUGUGCAAGCACUGUCACUUUGCUUUUAAAACCAAAGGGAAUCUGACUAAGCACAUGAAGUCGAAAGCCCACAGCAAAAAGUGCCAAGAGACAGGGGUGCUAGAGGAGCUGGAAGCCGAAGAGGGAACCAGUGAUGACCUGUUCCAGGACUCGGAAGGGCGAGAGGGCUCCGAGGCUGUGGAGGAACAUCAGUUUUCAGACCUGGAGGACUCCGACUCGGACUCAGACCUGGAUGACGACGAGGAUGAGGACGAGGAGGAGAGCCAGGACGAGCUGUCCCGGCCAUCCUCGGAGGCGCCUCCACCCGGUCUGACAGCCGUGCCGCGGGCAGACUCCUCACCUGUCCAGGGUCCUCGGCCCCCAGAUGCCACCUCUGACAAGGAGGCCACACGAGGCGGCUCAGCCUCUGAUGCUGAGCGCUUGACAGCCAGCAGUUGCUCCACGUCCAGCCAGAGCAUCCUGGGUCUUCCCCAGCUGGGACUGGCCCUGUCGGGCCCUGUGGAGAAGGACACAAGCUCAGCCCUGAGCUCUAAGGCCAUGUCCCCCAGAAGGCCAUGGUCCCCAAGCAAAGAAGCAGGCAGCCGUCCACCACUCGCCCGCAAACACUCACUCACCAAAAACGACUCAUCUCCCCAGCAGUGUUCACCGGCCCCAGAACCGCAGGCCUCAGUUGCAAGCAUGCUUGGCCCCCAGAUGGGUCCAGGAAGGGACACGGCCCCUCCUCCUUGUGGGUCUCCAAGACUUGCGCUGUCUUCUCUCACUCCCCACCCCCUGGGUAGAGAACUGGCCCCUCGAACACAUCUAUCCCCAGAACUUGAGGGAACCACAGAUCCAGGCCUCUCCAGACGCUCACCCACCAGGAGAUGGUCUCUGGGUCAGGCUGAGUCACCACCACGGUCAGCGCUGCCAUGGAAGUGGGCCCUGGCUGGGCCAGGCAGCCCCGCAGCGGGUGAGCAUGGUCCAGGCUUGGGGCCAGCUCCGCGGGUUCUCUUCCCGCCCACACCUCUACCUCACAGACUUCUUGGCAGAAGCCCGGAGACCUGCACCUCCAUGUGGAAGGCCGAGUCCCGAAGUCCAACCUGCUCGCCUGGCCCUGCUCAUCCUCUUUCCUCCCGACCCUUCUCCGCCCCCCAUGACUUCCACGGCCACAUCCCAGCCCGGACAGAGGAGAACAUCUUCAGCCACCUGCCUCUGCACUCCCAGCACCUUCCCCGUGCCCCGUGCCCCUUGAUUCCCAUCGGUGGGAUCCAGAUGGUACAAGCCCGGCCUGGGGCCCACCCCACCCUGCUGCCAGGGCCUUCCACAGCCUGGGUCAGUGGCUUCUCAGGGGGUGGCAGCGACCUGACAGGGGCCCGAGAGGCCCAGGAGCGAGGCCGCUGGAGUCCCACUGGAACCUCAUCAGCCUCUGUGUCCCCCGUGGCUAAGGUCUCCAAGUUCACACUCUCCUCGGAGCUGGAGGACAGAGACUACCCCAAGGAGGGGGAGAGGACAGGCAGAGGCCCAGGCAGACCUCCUGACUGGGAACCCUAUGGGGCCAAGGUGCCUGUGGAACCUGUGGCCACACUCAGCCCCUGUACCCCACGGCCACCCCAGGGCCAACAGGUGGCACAGUCCUGGAGCCUCCACUUGGAGUCACCAUGCACGCUGGCCACCCCUGAGGCCUCCGUCGCUCCACCACUGGACCGCAGCAGCUCCGUGGGCUGCCUGGCCGAGGUCUCUGCUCGCUUCCCAGCCCGGAGGAGGAACCUCUCUGGGGAACCCAGGACCAGCCAGGGCUCCCCCAAGCCCUCAGGUAGUGGGGAGCCCAGGGCAUCGCCACCCCAGCCCAAGGACAGGGCCCCCCCAAGCACUUAGCCUCUCUCCGUCCGACCGCGUCAGCAUCUGGCUUCCGGUGUUCCGCAACAGAUGUUUGCAGCCAACGUCCUGGAGUCAUCUUGCUCCCAUGGGCCCCCUGUCCCAUCUGUCCAUCUGUCCACACAGUUUCUGCUCAGCUCCCAUCUGUUAUAUCUUCCCACGUAUUGCAGUUACCUGUGCCUUUUUCUAUACCUUUUGUUGCUUGAAAAGAAACAAAUCACACACACACACACACACAUACAUAAAAACAAGACAAACCCACAAGGAGCCUGAGGCUGUGGAUAGUUUGAGCUUUCUAGGAAAGGCUGCAGGAGGGGUGCUCUACAGCACCCCUGCAGUCACAGCCACUGCCUCCAAGGACAGCGAUAGGCAGCUGCUGGCCUAGGGAAAGGGGAUGCACUGAGGGCACAGAACACAAUUAAGUGGAGACGCAAGCAUUCCGUGUACAGAAGUUUAGGGUCCCUGUUCAUCGCUGCUUUAGUUCCCCCUUCCCUGCCCCGGCCAGCGGCCACUCUUUUCUGCCAGAGAAGGGCCAGCAGCCCCAGGCAGAUGAACACAAAUGCAGGCAGAACCCCAAGAGAUCAUCUUCUUUUUCCUUUUAUUCUCUAUAAGAAAAAAAGCGGGGGGUGCAGUUGCUUUUGCUAGAAUUUCAACCCAAAAUAGCAGGUAGAGGGUAAAAACUGGUUGGUUCCCCCAGGGAUCCCAGAUCCCCAGCUCAUCUGAGUUGUGGGCUUAUCCUGGCAUUUCCCAGGUGAGCAAGCCAUGUGACAGCCCCUCCCUUCAAUACCCACCAUCCUGCCCCCUGCCUUGCUCUCCUGGCCCUGGCCCUAGGCUGCCCGCAAGGCUGAAGGGCCGAAGCCAAGCCUAGGGACUAUCCUCAGCUUGGGGUUUGGAUUCUGCUUCACCUCAGUCCCUGCAGCACAGGGGCCUCACGACCUUCAUGGCUGGGCUUUUCCAGUGCUCGUCGCUGUGAAUUCACAGGGCUCCGGGUCCCUUUGGAGCAGGACUGGUUUCUCUGUCCCCUCCACACAUGGCCAGGCCUCUACUACCUAAGGAAAUACCCCAAAUGGUGACUGGUAGGAACUGCCUGGGCCUAUGUUUUGGCUUAAAUCUCUUUUAAGACCCCCCCCCGAAAAAAACAACCUAUAAAUAUAGAAAAAGAAGAUGGUGUUUGGCAUAUCCCCCCACCUCCUCCUCUUCUCUUCUUUCAACCUAGAAGAGUUGUGAAUUGUACCACAUCCUUUGAAUUUUUCUCUAUUUCCUGGGACAAAAACAAACAAAAAAAAACCCUGCUUUUCAAGAAAAAUAAUUUGACCAGAAAUUUAAAUCCCAAGUUAAAAUAUGGAACUUGACCUCCAGCAUGUUUAGCCCAUAUGAUUAAUUGUAAAAGUGAGUGCUCCUGUGCACUGCUGCUAAAGGUUCCCAUUUCCACCUGGGAGAGGAGGAGUUUCCCCCUAUCUUUCCAGAAACAACUAAUAUUUUACAAAGGGGGAGCCAUGGUGUGUCCCACCCAGGCUAGGUGCUGGUGCCACCUUGCACAGAACAGGGAUCUCUCUGGCCAGUUCCCAGAUCUCUGGCCAGGCCUCAAUCUCAUGCUUGGCCAUCCUUCCCCUCUCUCCAGCUCAGGCCUUUCCCUGCAGGCCCCUGCUGGGUGGACAAACCAGCCACAGGCCCAGCCUCCACCAGAGCAGCUGCUCAUUCUCUUUGUCUUGCUCCAAGCUAAGACAAAAAGAGCAGGGCCUCCCUGGGGGCCUCCUAUAGUCUCCAGCGAGCGCUGGGGAGUUGGGGUAGUGCCUGGCUGCUUGACUCAGGCUAGGGCUCCUGCUCACCUUAGGAGAAACCAGCAAGCCCACCUGGACCACGUUGGCACUCUUUGGAUCUGUAGCAAGUGAGUAAGAGCCUGGGCCCUGGUCACAGAGCCCUGGCCUCUGUCCUGGGGUCCUCUCACUCAUCCUGAACCCCUAGGCUUCAAGAGCUGAGCCUCAGAAGCUGGAUACAGGGCAAGAUCUUCCUGUCCCUGACUGCUGGCUUGGCUCCUGACCUUAGGGAUAGCCACCCCCCUCCACCCUACUAUACACCCCAAGCUCUCCCAGGCACUGUCUCCCCUGUACUCAAACAAUCCAUCCACCAAGGUCCCCUUCCUGGGCAGCCUAGUAAUGGACAGUGUGGCCAUCAGGGGAGAGUCCCUGCAGUUUCCUGAAGAAGUAAUGGGCCAGGGGUCACUGGAAAUAUAAGGGACAGAAUACCUUCAUAGAAUCUGGCCUCAGAGCUGCUGCCCCACAGGGGCCCAGAGGAACCGAAUUGAUACCACCACAAAGCACAGUGCUAACCCUCUCUGCCAGACCCUGCGCCCACUCUCCUGGGCCCUGGGCCCCCAACCCAGAUGCACAACCUCCCGCUUUGGGAAAAACCUCUCUCCAGUCACACCCCAUUCUGGGCCUCGGCCCCCUGCCAGCCACACAGUUUCCAACCUGCCUAUGAUCUACUGCCCCUGCCCUGGGGGAUCAGUGGGGCCAGCGGCACUGACGUGGUGCACGCACCCGAGCUAGCUCUGUUGAAAUGCCAUUUCUCGGGACAGACUAGCUCCUGUCCUUGGAUGUUGGCCGUGGGGGAAGAACCAACUUGCUGUGGUUUCCAAACAAACCUUAUCUUCUGCUGGGGAUCCCAAUCCACUUCCCCCCCACCUAGACCUGCCCUCCAGGAUGCCCUUCACACCUUGGCAAUAUCAGUCAUUCUGGAUACCAACCCCUUUCUUCUCCAAGGACAGGCCUGCUCUCUCCUAUCCUUGUCCAUAGCUUACACUGGGGUCCCAGCCACUGAGACCCUCCAGGGGCCGGACAGUAGCAAACUGCUCACUCCCCCAGACUUAAGUCCCUCUGUCAGAAAAAGUCUGAAAGAAUUCGCUUCCAGAUUCCUCUAGGCCCUGUUCCCUUCCCACCCAGUCCUUUGGAAUAAGGAUAAGCAAUGUAGCUGAGCUGAAUUCCUCUCCAGACCUUGCUCCAGACAAGUCUUUCUCAAAACUAAAGUCCUGGCCGAGCAGUCAUCCUCGGAGACCAGUCUGCCCGGGGGAAGAAAGUUCCCGAAGAUCUGUGCAAACUCUGCUUCCGUGUCAUGAUUCCAGUCUGCUUCCCAUUAGGAAAAAAAAAAAAAACGCAUCGGCACUUAUGAUCACUUUACUAAAUCUAGUGUUAAAAGAAAUGAAAAGAAACAGAAAAAAGAAAACGUGUAGGCAGAUGUAAGAUACACACUCUCUGUAAGAUAAAUAUUUGCCUUUUUUUUUUCUAAAAGGUGUAUGUAUUCUGUACGUGAAAUUGUCUGUAGAAAGUUUCUAUGUUCUUAAAUGGCAAUACAUUCCAAAAAUUGUACUGUAGAUAUGUACAGCCACUGCACUGGGAUGGGGUAGUUUUGCCUGUAAUUUUAUUUAAACUCCGGUUUCUACAUUUGCAUCUUGCAAUGUCAGUAUGGUAUAUAUCAGUGCAAAAGAAAAAAAAAAACUCAACAAAAAAUCCAUGCAGGUCUAAAGCACAGAGUCUGACGUACAAAAGGAAAAAAAUGCUCAGUAUUGAUGUGUGUGACCUUUGUUGUAAAUUACAUCUGUACUGUGAAUGAGAAGUUUUUACAAGUAUAAUAAUUGCCUUUAUUACAGCUCCAGCUGAGUGUUCAGCCGGAGGAUAUUUUUUAAAAAAAGAAAAAGAAUAGCACGUUGGAAUAAAUUUGAAAAUCCCAACAUA